UUGCUGUCGAAUAGCCAGUCAGUCUGUAAGGGAAAGCGCAUGGUGAGAGGACCUAGGAUGAACAACAAUUCAUCCUGGAAAGCAGCAACAGCAGCAUCUACAUUAGAGAGCUCGUCAAGCCGUUUCAGUCGUUAUAUCCCCUUGCGAUUUGUCCACUUGAAGUGCCAUUUUGACGUUGUCUGGCCAGCCAUUGGCUUUAGCAAAUUGCUGUCGACUUCGCCAAGCGUUAUGGCUCCUCGAAAUCUACAAAGGAUGAGCGCAGCAAGCAGCGAUUUCAGGACUGCUAGCCAAGAUGACUGUAACGAUUGUAACAACAUCAAAGAGAAAACGUUGCCCGAGUUCAACUGGCAAAAAGCGAUGAUUCAGAGUCGCAUUAUGGAGAAAGUCCAAGACGUUGGUGAGCGUAUCAGUUCUCAAUCGUGGCUGGAACAGAUGCGUAUGCUGGCUAGAGAGCGUUCUUUGACAUCGGUUGUCCUGUUGAGCUUUAUCGGUCUCGUUUCCUUCCCUGUUUUGGUUUGCAUCCUGGCGUCAGCAUUUACAUUCCUCGGAUUUGUUUUUGUUGAAGGAACAUUGUUAACAAUUGGAUGCUGUUUGCUGGGUGGCCUACUGAUAGUCUUAGGGUGUUUGGCUCUACCGCUUAUGCUGUUCGUGUUCAUCACCUACACUCUAUCUUCGAUUGCCUUCAAUUUGUUUAACAGCACCAGCUCCAAACUCCGAUCGCAUAUAGUGACAGUUAGUCCAUCAUCCGCCAUAUCUGAAUCUCCCAGUAAAAGAUCGUUACUAAAUCAGGGAUCGAGCACUCCUGGAAAAUCUUGCACGGAUGGAAUAUGGAAUAUGGGAGAAUAUUUACCGGCUUGCGUUACAGAGUCCGAUUCAUUUUUGGAAGCGACCGUUCUUCGUCGUGCGCAGAUGAACGAAAAAAGAAUUUCCGAUCAGCAGUUUUGAAACUGUUGGAUGGAAGUUACCUGACUUUCUUGUUUUCGCCCGCACGAAAGUGAAUGAACAUAAGAUGCGAAAAAUAUUUCAUUGUACAGUAUAUUCCAUAACGAACUCCAGCAUGUUUUCCCCUCGAUAAGUUUUUUUUAUUGCUUUAUUUACUACCGUGAUUGGUGUUGCAUCAUUAUUUCCCUCAGUCUGUUGGGUGGUUAAAUGGUUCAUGAAUUGUUUUUUUAAUUUGGUUCUCCCUGUUUGUACAACUUGUUUAUGGCUUCAUAGUUAUUAUACAUUAAAAUGAAUAAAAACAAGAUCUCCGCUCGCUA